UGACUCAUACAAGGACGAGAGUGAGGCACUACCCUAUGAGUGUGUGUCUCUUCUGAAUGGGGCUUUUGUUAUGUUAAGUAGUCUGAUGGUAAAAAUGAGCCUGUAGUUGUGGUGGGGUGGGCUGGAAGGAUGAAGGAAUAGCCUUGCCCACUAAGACCCGAAUCUGGGUUAAUAAGUGUGAGCUGAUCUGGAGUGACUAUUGUCUAUCUGUAGAGCUAGAAGCCUUGCUUUCUCUAUUGUCAGCCGGGCUUGCUGUUGACCCUCUCCUUCAUGUUGAGGGAAAAGGGAGGUGGUGGCCGGGAUGAGGUCACUUUUCCAAAACAUGACUCCUGCCAUGUAGCCAGCAGCCCUCGUCCAGAACACUUCCUGUUGAAAAGCAGCGCUGAAAAGUAUUCUUCAGUGUUAGAAUUAUGGUGAAUGCCGGGGAAACAGCCACCUCAGUGAUGACGGUUGUGAGUAGAUUCUCAGGGGGCUUCUGCUGAAAGGUGUCAGUCCACAACCAUGACUCAGUCUGUGCAGGUCAACCCAAAGCUGCCUGAUCUGGGCGCACCGUUUCUAUACUCCAGUCAGGAAGAGGCGGAUCAACAGGGUUCUUAUUCGGUCCAGACACCGUAUGGCUUCCAGCUGGACCUGGACUUCCUCAAGUAUGUGGAGGAAAUAGAAAGCGGCCACCACGUCAGACGGGCACCCAUCAACUCCCGCAGGUCAUCCCGGGGGGUCAAAGUCUCCCAGCGGAGCCCGAGUGUGGGGGGACGCGCCAGCGGCUGGACCUCCACAGAGUCCCUCUCCUCGCCCGCCAGCGAAGAUGGUCGAGUGCCCCCUCCCCCGCCCCCACGGAAUCGCAUUGGCUCUGCUCCCAGUGAGGGGCAACCCCUGUACUCGCUAUCUGUCCUCAGCCCUCCUCUCUCAGCCGGCGCCAAAGUGCCACCACCACCUCCACUACGUAACCCCAGAGUAGAGAGGACCCUCCUGGAGACCAGCCUGAGACUGCAGCAGGAGCAGAGCCAUCAGCACCAAAAUGGCACCCGUUUCCAGCUCUCAGACCCACCAAAGCAAAACCCCAGAACUGCCCCUACCCAUGCCACCCCAGCUAGUGCAGCAGCCAGCGUGGAUGGCCAGCCUUUGCACCUGUCCUCUGCAUCUCCCAGCCCAUCUCAGAGUAGCCUGCACAGACCCAGUCCCCACACCUCCGGUAAGAGCACCCCGGCCUCUAGCACCGGAAUGGCUACUCUGCCCCCCAGCCAAUUGCAGACGGUGAGAGAACAAAUGGCCACUGCCCUGAAGCAACUGAAGGAGAUGGAGGAGCGAGUAAAGGGUGUCCCAGUGCUGGAAAGAGAGGUGGCCAAGCUACGGGCUGAGAAAGACAUGCUCCUGCUGGCACUGCAGGAGAAGAAGACCUUGGUGGCCCAACAACAGGCUACAACAGUAGACAGCAGUACUAAUACCACCACGUUGGACGCAGGCACACGGAGUCAGGAACGUCCUAUUUUAUCCCCUAAGAGUCCCAGAUGUCCAAAGAGUCCCAGUAAAUUAGGGGACCUCAGAAAGCUGACAGAGAAGUUCGAAGGCAAGACAGAAAAAAAUGGAGCACAUUCUGAGAAAGUUCCGGAAAAGGUUGUGGAGAAGAAGUCUGUGGCCAUCGGGGACGACAUGUUGCUGGAUGCUGGGGUCUUCUACUACAGCCUGGGCACCAAGGACGCCUCAGAGGGCACGCCGCAGAUGGACGUCUGCGAGAAAGGAGUGGCCACGGAGGCGCCGGCCAUCCGCGAGGAGGGGGUGCAGGCUGUAGUGGAGACAGAGGAGUCCUCGGUUUGGGUGAUGGAAUCCCAGCUGGGGCUAAGCAGCGAUGCCCAGAGGGAGAUCGACACCCUACAGGACAACAUCAAGUUCCAGCAGGAGUCCAUCUCGGUUCUGGAGGGGCGACUUGGCCAGGCUGACGAGGACCUGGCGGCGCUCAAAGCCCAGGAGAAUGAAAGGAAGCCCAAGGCAACGUCCGAAAAGGGGGUCCUUGCCAAACCAGACUCUGCCCAUGCCAAAGUGGGGACUGAAGCCUCUACAAUGUCCACACCAGCUUUACAGAAUGUUGCAGUCUCCUGUUGUCCUGAGGUGGUUGACGCAUGUGUAGGUGAGGAUUUGAGAGCCGGAUAUUACGACCAGAGCACUCAGACUGACUCUGUGGAGAGCCCUGCAGAAGCGGAAUCAACCCCAGUAGUACUGGUCAGCACUGGAAGUCAAUGGGAGAAUCUGUACAAGGAGGAGGACAUAGAACAGAAAGCUCCAGUCACUGCGCUGAAGAGGAGACAGACGACCAUCGCGGAGUACAAGGUCAACCCUGGCAAGGAGACGGUCAGUUUACCCGAAGGAAAGGAAGUGAAAGAGGAGGAAAUGCCGCCCAGAUCUCCAACAACUGCAACAAUGGUUGGAAGUAUGUUGAAAUCAAUCAUGAAGAAGAAGGAUGGGAGUAGUUCCAGUGAAUCACGCAGCAGCGGCAAGAAAAGCUUGCAGUUUGUUGGCAUUCUCAACGGGGGGUAUGAGUCGACAUCUAGUGAAGAGGAGGACGAUGAUGAGGAAGAGGGGAGUUCCUCAGGUGGCAGUGAAGUAGGUGAUUGCUCAGACGGUAGUGAUGAUGAAGAUGCAGCGGCCGCUCUGGAGGAGACCUCCGAUGAGGAGAGGAACAUGAAUAUGGAUGACACCGAUAGUGAUGAUGUGGCCUUAGCAGCAGGGACUGGAGCCACUGAGGAGAUUCCAGAUACAGUGAAAGAGAAGUUUGAGCUGAGUGCAAAAAUGCGUGAAGCUUGUCUCAUUUUGAAGAACCAUCUGAAUGAUGAUGUCAAAACACUGAAGAGUAAAGAAGUGAUCUCCAGCACUCACACUGUGCAGCUGGAAUGGUUCCGCAUCUCCAGUGCCAAGCUGGCCCAGCCGCCCCGUGUCUCAGACUACCUGAUGGCCCUCACAGAGGUGUCCUCUGCCUUGCUGGCCCACGUCGUCAACAUGACUGAUGGCAAUGGCAACACAGCCUUGCACUACAGCGUCUCCCACUCCAAUUUCACCGUGGUGGGGCUACUGCUGGACACGGGCAUGUGUUGUGUAGAUAAGCAGAACAAGGCAGGCUACACUGCGAUCAUGCUGGCGGCCCUCUCAGCUGUGAAAGAGGAGGAUGACAUGGUGGUGGUCAGGAAGCUCUUCAGUCAGGGCAACGUCAACGCCAAGGCCAGCCAGGCUGGCCAGACGGGGCUGAUGCUAGCUGUUAGCCAUGGACGGCAGGAGAUGGUGCGGGCGUUGCUAGACUGCGGGGCUGACGUGAACGUGCAGGAUGACGAAGGCUCCACGGCGCUCAUGUGCGCCAGCGAGCACGGCCGCGCCGAGAUUGUCUCACUGCUCCUGGACCAGCCGGGCUGUGACAUCUCCAUUGUGGACAAUGACGGCAGUAAUGCUCUGUCCAUCGCCCUGGAGGCCUCUCACAAUGACACAGCUGUGCUGCUUUACGCACACAUGAACUACGCCAAAGCCCAGACAGCUGGGACGACCAAGACUCGAAGCCCCACUAGUCCUCAAAAGACAUGGCCUGCUGCGGAGUAAUGGACCACCAAUAUGGAAAAACAAACAUAACUGGACUUGAGAAUUGAAAAUGCGCCACUGGAAUACUGCCGCUGUCUACAUAAAAAUAUGUAUUUAUAUAAUGGCAUACGUCAUUCAUUUAUUUGUAUUGUUAAUAUAAUAUUAUUUUUUCAAUAAAUGCCUUAAACCGUUAUUAUAUAAGCCAAUAAUCUGCAUUUGCAACAUUUCUGACUAGGUCAAGGUCUGCAGCAUAUUUUAGGUCAAGCUGCAGACCUGACUAGGUCAAGGUCUGCAGCAUAUUUUAGGUCAAGCUGCAGACCUGACUAGGUCAAGGUCUGCAGCAUACUUUAGGUCAAGCUGCAGACCUGACUAGGUCAAGGUCUGCAGCAUAUUUUUGGUCAAGCUGCAGACCUGACUAGGUCAAGGUCUGCAGCAUACUUUAGGUCAAGCUGCAGACCUGACUAGGUCAAGGUCUGCAGCAUACUUUAGGUCAAGCUGCAGACCUGACUAGGUCAAGGUCUGCAGCAUACUUUAGGUCAAGCUGCAGACCUGACUAGGUCAAGGUCUGCAGCAUACUUUAGGUCAAGCUGCAGACCUGACUAGGUCAAGGUCUGCAGCAUAUUUUUCUAUGAUACAGUAAAGCAGACCUCACAUAUAUUUGCACUCAUUGACUGUGUUUAGUUUUAGUUCCCCUCCCCUUUUUAAAGGCGCACUCCAGCUAUUUAAAAAAAAUCAACUUUUCUUGUUGAAAAACAAUAUCCCACGUAUAAAUACAGUAAUAUACACACACUUAAGGGUACCCAAAAUAUGUUUUGAGCAAAUUAGAGUUUUUUAGACACCAGUGCAAACUUCAUGGAGUAGGCCAUUUGACGGGUUGGUCUGAUGGACCACCUAUUUAUAUGUUCCUUUUGUCAAGUAAAUCAGGUGAUAAAUUAACUGAAAAUGAGACUGGAGUAGUAGUCUUCUCAAUCUUCAUGCCAAAAUAGUUCCAAGUUUGCACUAACUGUCUAUGCCUUGUAUAUUCAUGUAUCUAUUUUCAUGUAAAAAAUAAACAUAUAUUUACAUAACAUGUGACACUGUUAAAUGUUGUACUAAGCAGAUAUACCAGAAGGUUGCUGUUAAUGUUCAUUAUAUAAGAUGAUGUAAGGCAGGUAUUCCCAAACUGGGGUACGCCAAAUAAAAAUGUGAUUCACAUUUAAAAAAAAUAUAUAUAUAUAUUUGUUUUCUUUUUUUUCUUCACAUUUUCUAACUGUACAUUUAUAUUUUCCAACGGGGCUAUACAUUUGGGUGAGUUUUUUUUCUCGCCUGAGUAGCCUCAUUUCACUGCCAAAAAUAAAAUGAAACCCUCUAGUGUUCAGCGAAAAAACAACACAAUGUCAGAUACAGGUAGCCUAGUCAAAUCAUUAACAUCCAAUCACAUUAACCAUUACUCUCUCGAGGGAAACUUUCACUCUUGCUCAGACGUAUACAUGACAAUUUUAAAAAUAAGCCACAGGAGUUUUUUUGCGAGAAUAAAGAUGACUUUCGAGUAGUAAGACGUAUAAAAGCAACAGAUACCAUUAAUAAGAAGGGGUUAGAAGCAUCUUAUAUGGUGAGCUACUGAGUGGCUAGGAUAGGCAAGCGCCAUACUGUUGUGGAGGACUUAAUUCUUCCUGCUGCCACGGAUAUGGCUGGGACAAUGCUGGGGGAAAAGGCCAAAAAAACUAUACAGACAAUGACUUCAUCAAACAAGACUAUUUCAUGACGCAUCAGUGACAUGGCAGGAGAUGUUUUGAAACAAUUCCUGCUUCGCAUACAAGCCAGUGAAUUAUAUGCGUUACAGCUGGUUGAGUCAAUAGACGUGGCAGGCCUGGCACAGCUCCUGGUAUAUGUCCGUUAUGUUUAUGGGGGGUCAAUUAAGGAAGACAUCCUCUUCUGCAAACCACUGGAAACCAGGACAACAUGAGAGGAUAUUUCUAAAGUACUGUACAGCUUUGUGACAUCAAAUGGACUUUGGUGGUCAAGAUGUGUUGGUAUCUGUACUGAUGGCACUAAAGCCAUGACAGGGAGAGAUAGUGGCGUGGUAACACGAAUGCAAGCAGUUGCUCCCUGCGCCACUUAGGUACACUGCAGCAUCCACUAAGAGGCUUUUGCUACCAAGGGAAUGCCUGAUAGCUUGAAAGACGUUUUGAAAAAUGUUAACUUUGUUAAAGCAAGGCCCCUGAACUCUCGUGUAUUUUCUGCAUUAUGCAAUGAUAUGGGCAGCGACCAUGUAACGCUUUUACAACAUACAGAAGUGCGCUGGCUAUCAAGGGGCAAAGUAUUGACACAUUUUUUAUGUAUUGAUAGACAAGCUUAAAGUUUUCUUUACUUACCAUAAUUUUCACAGCAAUUUUCACCGCUUGAGUGAUGACGAGUUUCUCACACGAUUGGCCUAUCUGCGUGAUGUUUUUUCUCGCCUGAAUGAUCUGAAUCUAGGAUUACAGGGAGUCUCCGUAACUAUAUUUAAUGUGCUGGACAAUAAUUAAGAAGUUGGAGCUCUUUUCUGUCUGCAUUAACAAGGACAACACACAGGUCAUCGUUGUAUGAUUUUUUGUGUGCAAAUUAACUCAAGCUUAUAGACUAUGUCAAAUUGGGGAGGCAGGUAGCCUAGUGGUUAGAGUGUUGGACUAGUAACCGAAAGGUUGCAAGAUUGAAUCCCUGAGCCAACAAAGUGAAAAUCUGUUGAUCUGCCCCUGAACAAGGCAGUUUACCCACUCUUCCUAGGCUGUCAUUGGAAAUAAGAAUUUGUUCUUAACUGACUUGCCUAGUUAAAUAAAGGUUUUUAAAAAAGUGAGUGAGCUGGGUGUGCAAUUACGCAGGUACUUUCCCGAAACGGAUGACACAAACAACUGGAUUGGUUAUCCUGCCUCCAGUCCACUUACUGAUAUCUGAACAAGAGAGCCUCAUGGAAAUUGCAACAAGCGGUUCUGUGAAAAUUGAAUUUAAUCAGAAGCCACUGCCAGUUUUCUGGAUAAGGCUGCGCUCAGAGGUUCUUGGCUUGGCAAAUAGCUCUGUUAAGACACUGAUGCCCUUUGCAACCACUUAUCUAUGUGAGAGUGGAUUCUUGGCCCUCACUAGCAUGAAAACUAAAUACAGGCACAGACUGUGUGUGGAAAAUGAUUAAAGACUGAGACUCUCCAAUACAACCCAAAAUUGCAGUUAUGUGCAUCCUUUCAAGCACACCCUUCUCAUGAACCUGUGGUGAAUUAUUCACCGUUUUUCAUGAAACAAUAAGGUUUUAUAUGUAAGAUGGAUAAAUAAAGAGCAACAUUACUCAUUA